ACCCUCCCAAGCAGCUCCUUGAGCAUCCUCAUUAUUCAGCCCGCCAGUAGUAUGUUGUUUCAUCGUCGUAGUACCAUUGAGCUCUCCUUGCAAUAUCAAUAUAAGAAGUCAGAAGUCGUGUGAUCUCGUGCUGAAGAAGCUUAACUUGUACGUUGAAAAAGCAGACCAAGAAUUCAGAACGUCAUGGACAGCACAGACAGGGGUUCCCCCAAAAUCCCGAAGCUGCCCCGACAUCGCAGCCAUCGUCCUAAAUUUCAAUAUCCAUCGCUCUCACAAACAAAUACCAGCACCGACAAUUACCAAAAUGGGUGAAUCCAGUAUCCCCCCUCGAGUCCGCUCGGCAGCACUGGCACGCGAUACCAACGAAACGAAAAUCAUCCUCGCCAUCAACCUCGACGGCGGCGCAUUCCCCAACGACACCGACCCAAAACUGCUUUCUGGAUCCGAAGGCCAUGCUUCACAAGCUAGCAAAAGCCAGACCAUUUCGAUUAAUUCGGGGAUUGGAUUUUUGGAUCAUAUGCUACAUGCGCUGGCGAAGCAUGCGGGAUGGAGUUUGAGCUUGAUUUGUAAGGGGGAUUUGCAUAGUAUGUUUACGAUUCUAUUUAGUUGGUGGGGUAGCGCUUGUCUUGACAAGAGGGAAGUUGGGAGCAUUUGCUGAUGGGAUAUAUUGAAUAGUCGACGACCACCACACAGCCGAAGACGUAUGUCUCGCUCUAGGCAGCGCAUUCAACACCGCCCUCGGAACACCCACCGGCCUCGCACGCUUCGGAUCCGCAUAUGCGCCUCUAGACGAAGCGCUUUCGCGCGCGGUCGUCGACCUCUCGAAUCGACCGUUCGCUGUGAUAGACCUCGGACUGAAGAGGGAGAAGAUUGGAGAUCUGAGUUGUGAGAUGAUUCCGCAUUGUAUGCAGAGCUUUGCGCAGAAUGCGAGGGUUACUAUGCACGUGGAUUGCUUGAGGGGGGAUAAUGAUCAUCAUCGUGCGGAGAGCGCGUUUAAGGCUCUGGCUGUUGCGGUGAGGAUGGCGACUGCGAGAGUGGUGGGACGGGAGGGGGAGGUGCCUAGUACGAAGGGGACUUUGAGUACGUAGGUAGGGAAUUGAUGGAUUGGUUUAAUGAGUGAUUUUGGAGAAAUGUGGGAUGAGGUUUACAUUAGGUUGAAAGUGGAGCUGGGAGAUAGAUGGGAGUUUGGGGAAGAAAAGUUACUAGGAAAAAGAAUGGGGAAUUGGAUCAAGCCAGUUUAUUUGAUGUCUUUGUAGACUUUCAAUUGACAAUUCCAGCUGCAUGUAGGUGGGUACUUUGAUAAUAGCCCGGG